AUGCGCAGAGAAGGAGCAGACGAAACAGUGGGAGUUGGAGGCUCUAAGGAGAGGCUUGCUGCCGCUGUGGAAGCGGCAAAAUCAGGAGUGCGAGGGCUGGACAGGAGUGGGGGGUAUGAGAGGAGUCAGGGGUGUAUGAGGAGUGGGAGAUAUGAGAGGAGUGGGAGAUAUGAGAGGAGUGGGAGAUAUGAGAGGAGUGGGAGAUAUGAGAGGAGUGGGAGAUAUGAGAGGAGUGGGAGAUAUGAGAGGAGUGGGAGAUAUGAGAGGAGUGGGAGAUAUGAGAGGAGUGGGAGAUAUGAGAGGAGUGGGAGAUAUGAGAGGAGUGGGAGAUAUGAGAGGAGUGGGAGAUAUGAGAGGAGUGGGAGAUAUGAGAGGAGUGGGAGAUAUGAGAGGAGUGGGAGAUAUGAGAGGAGUGGGAGAUAUGAGAGGAGUGGGAGAUAUGAGAGGAGUGGGAGAUAUGAGAGGAGUGGGAGAUAUGAGAGGAGUGGGAGAUAUGAGAGGAGUGGGAGAUAUGAGAGGAGUGGGAGAUAUGAGAGGAGUGGGAGAUAUGAGAGGAGUGGGAGAUAUGAGAGGAGUGGGAGAUAUGAGAGGAGUGGGAGAUAUGAGAGGAGUGGGAGAUAUGAGAGGAGUGGGAGAUAUGAGAGGAGUGGGAGAUAUGAGAGGAGUGGGAGAUAUGAGAGGAGUGGGAGAUAUGAGAGGAGUGGGAGAUAUGAGAGGAGUGGGAGAUAUGAGAGGAGUGGGAGAUAUGAGAGGAGUGGGAGAUAUGAGAGGAGUGGGAGAUAUGAGAGGAGUGGGAGAUAUGAGAGGAGUGGGAGAUAUGAGAGGAGUGGGAGAUAUGAGAGGAGUGGGAGAUAUGAGAGGAGUGGGAGAUAUGAGAGGAGUGGGAGAUAUGAGAGGAGUGGGAGAUAUGAGAGGAGUGGGAGAUAUGAGAGGAGUGGGAGAUAUGAGAGGAGUGGGAGAUAUGAGAUGAGUGGGAGAUAUGAGAGGAGUGGGAGAUAUGAGAUGAGUGGGAGAUAUGAGAGGAGUGGGAGAUAUGAGAGGAGUGGGAGAUAUGAGAGGAGUGGGAGAUAUGAGAGGAGUGGGAGAUAUGAGAGGAGUGGGAGAUAUGAGAGGAGUGGGAGAUAUGAGAGGAGUGGGAGAUAUGAGAGGAGUGGGAGAUAUGAGAGGAGUGGGAGAUAUGAGAGGAGUGGGAGAUAUGAGAGGAGUGGGAGAUAUGAGAGGAGUGGGAGAUAUGAGAGGAGUGGGAGAUAUGAGAGGAGUGGGAGAUAUGAGAGGAGUGGGAGAUAUGAGAGGAGUGGGAGAUAUGAGAGGAGUGGGAGAUAUGAGAGGAGUGGGAGAUAUGAGAGGAGUGGGAGAUAUGAGAGGAGUGGGAGAUAUGAGAGGAGUGGGAGAUAUGAGAUGAGUGGGAGAUAUGAGAGGAGUGGGAGAUAUGAGAGGAGUGGGAGAUAUGAGAGGAGUGGGAGAUAUGAGAUGAGUGGGAGAUAUGAGAGGAGUGGGAGAUAUGAGAGGAGUGGGAGAUAUGAGAGGAGUGGGAGAUAUGAGAUGAGUGGGAGAUAUGAGAGGAGUGGGAGAUAUGAGAGGAGUGGGAGAUAUGAGAUGAGUGGGAGAUAUGAGAGGAGUGGGAGAUAUGAGAGGAGUGGGAGAUAUGAGAGGAGUGGGAGAUAUGAGAGGAGUGGGAGAUAUGAGAGGAGUGGGAGAUAUGAGAGGAGUGGGAGAUAUGAGAGGAGUGGGAGAUAUGAGAUGAGUGGGAGAUAUGAGAGGAGUGGGAGAUAUGAGAGGAGUGGGAGAUAUGAGAGGAGUGGGAGAUAUGAGAUGAGUGGGAGAUAUGAGAGGAGUGGAGAUAUGAGAGGAGUGGGAGAUAUGAGAGGAGUGGGAGAUAUGAGAUGA